ACCGUCCAACGCAUCAUGUCGUGCUUUUGGUAGAGGGACCGUCCAACGCACUAGCCACGAUGCGUCCAUUCCUCUAAAUGAUCUCCUCUCCUCAGAUCCAAAACACACUUCCCUCUCGCUGAUCUUCUCUCACCUCUCGCGUGCCAUGGCCAACGACAAGCACGCAACGCAGCUCCUGCUGGCAUUCAUCUCCCUGGCGCUUGCCGCCUUGGUGGACGGCGCCUCGACGACCGCGCAGUUCCGUUUCUACAUGCACGACACGGUGACGGCAUCGGCAGGGAGCCCCGCGACGGCGGUGCGCGUGGUGAGGGGCGCGGCGCCGCUGCCGGGCGACCCCGUCAACCGCUUCGGCGACCUGUACGUGAUCGACGACCCGCUGACGGAGGGGCCCAGCGCGGCGUCCCCCGUCGUUGGACGCGCGCAGGGGUUCUACCUCUUCGCGUCCCGGUCCGACCCGGCGCUGCUGCUCUGCGCCGACAUGGUGUUCACGUCGGGGAAGCACAACGGAAGCGCCGUCGCCGUGCUGGCCAGGGACGCCAUCCUCGACGACGUCAGGGAGUUGCCGGUCAUCGGUGGCACCGGCGGGUUCCGCGGCGCUGCCGGGUACGGCCUGCUCAGGACGCACGCCUUCAACGCCAGCACCAACAACGCCGUGCUCCGGAUCGACAUGCACCUGAGCGUGUAGGCGCACGUACGCACGUAAAGUGGGGAGUGAGGGAUCGGGGAUCUGGGGAAGCACGGGUACGAGAUGGCGACCGCGGCCACUGCAAUCCACCCAACCACCAUUUCCUCCUCUCCAUCCAAGCAUUCGAGAAGAUUGCGCUCUGGAAGGCCGGCGUCAUGCCCAUCCAGUACCGCCGGUUUGUGCCAUUACUGGCUGCUUGUUUGCUACUAGAUCUGAUGGUUUUUCUCCGUGUUCACUUUGCGUGAAACUGUAAAAGCGCUAGCUGAGCUAGAAUUAUGUUGGCUAGCGCAACGUGGAACCCAAGAAAAGCUGAAUUGCAAGUGUCCGUUGGUUAGGAAAGCGUAGAGGCGUGGAAGUGAACCCUCGUCCAGUAUGGUCAAUUUGUGUGAUGGUUCAACCAGAUAGUAUCAUCAGUUGACAUGAUCCUUUUAAGUUGGUUAGGUGUCAGGGUUGAGUAAAGCACCUGUGAAUCGCUGAUGCAGCUAUGACUACCAAUAAAACUGUUCUGUAGUGACGCAUGCGUAUUAGAGUUCCUUUUUGUUGCUCUGCU